UUUGCUUUUGGUGUUCAAUACUGAGUUGGAAGUUAGACCGAACGGGUUCGAAUUAUGCGAGCACAUUAUCUUUCGUACAAACGUAUUCAAACUUCCGACCAAAUCCAAUCGUGCGUGUAAAUUGAUUAUCAUAACGCACAAGAAAACUUUUGGUUAUGGCAAAAUACGCUUUGCCGUAUUGGCGAAUUCUAUCAGCUAUUCCCUUGGUGCUACCUAACGACUACACUUGGGAAGAACGGACAGAAACAUGCAGAAAGAAACUUAGAAGCAUUAAACGUACAGGCCUUGCUGUGGUACCAAAGGCACUGGAACAACUGAGGAAGAUCAAGGGACCUGUGUGUGUCGUGUCUAUAGCUGGUCCUUGUAGGAAAGGAAAAUCUUACGUACUGAGCAAGGCGUUUGACCAAGGAGAGGUAUUUUCACUGGGACAUUCAAUGACACCAGAGACAAUGGGAAUAUGGAUGUGGAUUGUACCACAGAAAUUCAAAGACAGAAAAGGUCGGGACUUCACCUUGGUUCUUCUAGACUCUGAAGGGUCAGACUCUCCAAAUGCCAAACAAGAAGAGGACUACGGGAUUUUCACAUUGUCUGUUCUCUUGUCAUCCAUAUUGAUUUACAAUUCCGUUGGGGUGGCAAACAGAUCAGAUCUCGAAAAUCUGGACUUCGUCACGAAACUUACCCAGCGAAUUCAGUUGAAUGCCUCCAAGAAAAAAAAUGUAUUCCCCAACUUCAUCUGGCUUUUGAGAGACGUAGUUCUUACUCUUCCACCAGGAUGUAACACCAUCCGGGACUAUUUAUUGAAAAAUGUUUUGAGCACAAAAGGGAAGGCCGGAUCAUCAGAAAAAGCAAUUCAUGCCGCAGACAGCAUCCUGAACCUUUUCUCAGGAUUUGAUGCCUUUUCUCUGCCUCCUCCUUCCUUUAACCCAGAGGUAGGUGCACAAUGCGAAGAAGUGCAUGUGCAAAGAAAACGUACUAGUAUUUGUCUUUCUAAAAGGAAAACAGGUUCAGUUCAGUUCAGUUCAGUUCAGUCUCAUUUAUCAGCCUUUUCUUCUAUACCGUCUUUAGCUCUAGCUACCCUGGUAGAGCUGUAUGUCAAGGCACUCAACACAUCAGGUGUCGUACCCAACGUAGAGAACGCUUGGGACUCAUUUGUUCGUAACAAAUGUACCGAAGUAUUGGCUGCAGCUGUUAACAUCUACCAACAGGAUAUGACGUCAAGGUUGAAGGACAGGAUCCCCUGCGAAGAUGACGUGAUUAGUAAAGCCCACAAGAAAGCAGUGGAUGUUUGUUUGGUGACGUUUCGUACAGAGACGUCUGCUUUGUCACGCAAGAAUAUUGACAAAUACACACAACAGUUCAGGGAGAAAACUAAUCCCAUCCUAUCAAAGUGGACAAAACAAAACACAUGUGAAACCGAGAAAUACUGCACUGAGCUUUUCAAACACCUCAAGCAAAGCUUACUGGAUCCAGUGCUCCAGCGUCUUCAAGGUCCUGAAGGAUUUAAGAUGCAAAUAAGUGACAUCGUCAGUGCAUACAAUAAAAUCGAGAAAAGUUACGAAGCUAAAGCACGUGGAGCGAAGGAUGUUCAGACCACCAUGUUAAUGAACUUUCUUCCGGAAUUAGAUAAUGAAAUGGAGCUGAAUAUUGCUAUCCUGCAAAGCAUGAAAGACAAAAAUGAGUCUCUGGAAAGACAGAGGGCAGACCGGGAGGCUGAAAGACGUAGAGCAGAGGAGUUAAUAACUCGUUUGGAAACAGAAAAGAAAAACAGAGAAAGACAGGUAAUAAAUGAAUGUCCCAAACACUGCUCAUAGUAUGAUAAUAAUAUGAUAAUAUAAUGAUGAUGAUGAUAA